UGCGCCACCCGAGCGAUCCUGGGAUAGCGAUGGAGACGCCCGGCGCAUCAACCCGGGCUCUCUUGCUCCCAGCCGCGGCCGGGCCCGGUAGGAAGCGCGCAGCAGGAGAGGUACGGGCUGCGACAAGCAAGCAGCGGGUUCUGGAUGAAGAAGAGUACAUCGAGGGGCUCCAGACAGUCAUCCAGAGGGACUUCUUUCCUGAUGUGGAGAAGCUGCAGGCUCAGAAGGAGUACCUGGAGGCUGAGGAGAAUGGAGACCUGGAACGGAUGCGUCAGAUUGCCAUCAAGUUUGGCUCUGCCCUGGGCAAGAUGUCCCGAGAGCCCCCACCACCGUAUGUGACUCCAGCCACAUUUGAAACUCCUGAUGUGCACACAGGCACUGGAGUGGUGGGCAGCAAGGCCCGGGGCCGGGGCCGAGGCCUGGAGGAGGGUGAUGGAGAGGCCGGAGAGGAGGAGGAGAAGGAGCCCCUGCCCAGCCUGGAUGUCUUCCUGAGCCGGUACACAAGUGAGGACAAUGCCUCCUUCCAGGAGAUCAUGGAGGUGGCCAAGGAGAAGAGCCGGGCACGGCACACGUGGCUGUACCAGGCCGAGGAGGAGUUUGAGAAGAGACAGAAAGAUAACCUUGCACUUCCGUCGGCAGAGCACCAAGCCAUUGAGAGCAGCCAGGCCGGCGUGGAGACCUGGAAGUACAAGGCGAAAAACUCCCUCAUGUACUACCCUGAGGGCGUGCCUGAUGAAGAACAGUUGUUUAAGAAGCCGAGGCAGGUGGUGCAUAAGAACACUCGCUUCCUCAGGGAUCCCUUCAGCCAGGCCCUGAGCAGGUCCCAACUGCAGCAGGCUGCCGCCCUCAACGCCCAGCACAAACAGGGCAAGGUAGGCCCUGAUGGCAAGGAGCUGAUCCCCCAGGAUUCCCCACGAGUGGGCGGAUUCGGAUUUGUUGCAACCCCCUCUCCUGCUCCUGGUGUGAACGAGUCGCCGCUGAUGACAUGGGGGGAGGUUGAAAAUACUCCCUUGAGAGUUGAGGGAUCUGAAACCCCCUAUGUGGACAGGACGCCAGGGCCAGCCUUCAAGGUGGGUCAAGAUCCUGGAGCCCGGCCGCAGGGAACGGCUGGGGCUGAAGAUGGCCAACGAGGCCGCCGCCAAGAACCGGGCCAAGAAGCAGGAGGCCUUGAGGAGAGUGACGGAGAACUUGGCCAGCCUCACUCCCAAAGGCCUGAGCCCAGCCAUGUCCCCAGCCCUGCAGCGCCUUGUAAGCAGGACAGCCAGCAAGUACACAGACCGGGCCCUGCGGGCCAGCUAUACCCCGUCUCCAGCACGCUCGACCCACCUCAAGACCCCAGCUGGUGGGCCUCAGACCCCCACGAGCACACCGGCUCCUGGCUCUGCGGCACGCACCCCCCUCAGCCAGGACCCAGCCUCCAUCACGGACAACCUGCUGCAGCUCCCUGCCCGGCGCAAGGCCUCAGACUUCUUCUAGAGCCAGGCCCGGGUCGGGCCUGUGGGAGCUUCGUGGAGCCUGCGGGGCAGCUGCCCACUCAGCAGAGGACUCCAGCCUUCUGGGGACCCGGGCCCGGGCCAGAAAUGGUGACUGACUGUCCCAGGAGCCACUGAAAAGAUGCUGUGCCUCAGGCAGGCUGGCAUGAGACUUGCCCCACGGCCCUUGGGAUGUAUCCCAGGGUCUGGCAGAUAACUGUUUUCUAUCAGACCCCUGCCUCUUUCUGUCUAGCCAUCAUUAAAGAGCACCUAGCACAGUCUGGCAGGACCUAUCUCUCUGGCCCACUCUGCGUGGCCCUUAGGCCCCCUUCCCCCUAUGCUGGAGACCCCCUGUACCACAUCGUGGUCUCAGGACUGCAGGCCUCCCUGGGAGGAAGCUUCUGGGUGAGGUGAACUUGGAAAUUCAGGGUCUCUGGCCUUUCCCGCCACUCCUUGCAUUGCUUUCUGUGGCCCCUCUAGAGCUUGGAACCUGCCUUCCACACUGAGCUCACAGCUCGUUGGGCCAUGCUCCCCAAGUUCUUUCCCCCUGAGGGAAGGAGAGAGUCCUUGAAAGUUGGGCCCCUCAGGUUCCCCUGGGGCUCUGGGUCCAGGUUUGCAGCCUCAGCUGGGCCUGGCCUGCAUGGUUUGCUGGUGACAGAGUUGCGUGGGUCCUACGUGUCAGACCAUGUGGUCACUUUGAAAGUGGCCUCAAUGUCACCUUCUCCAAGCACUUGGUCUCCAGCUCAGGGGGUCAGGACUGUCUUCUCUUCCUGCCCUUCCCUGUCCUAGUGCUCCAGGCACCACCUUCAUACACUGUUGAGUCACGAACAGGAGUUGUGAGUAACAGUAACCCAGGCCAUACUGUCAAAGAGCAAUGGGGCCAGGCUCCACGCAGACCCGAGAGUGCCAUGUGCACCACAGGCCACAGGCCACACUUGCCUGUGACCUUGAGGGCUUUGGUGCCCCAGGAGGCCUGGGCCAGCUGCUUCACCUGGAGGUGGGAAGUCCAAGCUGGCUCCCAGAUGGGUCUGUUCAGGUCUUAAGUGGGGUCAGGUCAUGCUCUCUAAGGGGCUUGCACAGCUCAAGGAGACAGCCUGGAAUCUGCUCGGACCAGAGUCUUUCUUCUUUUGAGCAUACCCAGCCCUGCCUGGGCCAUGGUCUUGGGUUGUCCUGCAUGGGUCCUUGCUGCCUUCGUGAGUGGUGUGUUCCCUGGAGGUUUGCUGGGGCCAGUCGCCUGCCUAGGCACCCACUAGUCUGCACUCGACCGUCAGUUCCUGCCCGUUUCCAGGGGGCCAAGCCCUGUAACUCACCAAGGGGGCUGGGACUGCACCAGGACUGCCCAGGGGGUCAGGAAAGUAUGGCCAUUGGUGCUUUUACCCCAUAGGGAGGGGGAGGGGUGGACCACAGCGGCAUGGAGGCAGACAGGUCUGAGUGGGUGGGAGAUGCAGAGGGAGAUGCUGUCUAGGGAAGGCCACUUAAAGGCCAAGCACUGGCCGCCCCUGAACACUGGCUGGUGUAUGGGGUGGAUAGGGAGGGCUAAGGAGGGUGUGGCUGAGAUGUCUGGGCCGGGACUGUUCUGGCAAAUGAAAGGGCACUCAAGGGGCCAAGGUCACUGAUCUCAACCACAGGAAUGGAGGGAGCGGAAUAUAUGGAGAAAGGGUCAGUCUGAGGGAGUGGGAUGGUGCCGAGGUCAGGGUGGGCUGUGCUGGGCCUGAGCCAGACAGACACAUGCAGCCGGCCAACCCUGGAGGUGCUGGGUCCGGGGUGGGUCAGAGGGAGAUGGUGGGGGCCUGGCUGUGGGCUGCGGCUUAGGUCUUCUUGCCCACAGGGCCUCGCAAUGAGUCUGCCUGUGCCCAAGCACCAGGCCCUGCGCCCCUGUGCUGGAGACCCCCACGCCGCAGGAGGGGUGGUUGGCUGAGUCCUAGAGAAAAAGACUCCUCACGGGGCACUCUUAAUGCUUGUACACACUUUGUGGUUUAUUUGGUGGUCAGUAAUUAAUGUCUUUGCUACUAAGUGGAAGAAAGCUAAUAGAACGUAAUCAAAAUA